AUGUGGCGAGCAGUAAUUGCGCCACGUGACACGAUGAUAAAUGAGGCUCAUCCAAAGGUCGCGUUCAUGUUUCUGACGAGGUGGAAUUUGCCGUUGUCCCCUCUUUGGGAAAUGUUCUUCAAAGGGAAUGAAGGGUUUUAUUCCAUUUAUGUUCAUACCUCGCCGGAGUUCACUGAGGAGCCGCCGGAAUCAUCAGUGUUUUACAAGAAACGUAUACCAAGCAAGGCCGUGGAGUGGGGAAAAUUGUCGAUGAUGGACGCGGAGAAGCGUCUUCUAUCUCACGCGCUUCUAGAACCUUCCAACGCUCGCUUCGUCCUCCUCUCGGAGACUUGCAUCCCUCUCUUCAACUUCACAACAGUCUACACAUACCUCACGCGCUCCACGCGCUCUUUCCUCGGCUCAUUCGAUGACCCAAGGCGCCUGGGCCGAGGCCGUUACAGUCCUAAAAUGCUCCCACACGUGUCGCUCUCCGAUUGGCGCAAAGGUAGCCAGUGGUUCGAGAUUUCACGGAGAGUCGCCGCCGAGAUUAUCUCCGACCGUCGGUACUACGCUGUCUUCGAGGCUCACUGCCGACCGCCGUGUUACAUCGACGAGCAUUAUCUUCCGACGUUGGUUAACAAGAUAUGUCCGGAAAUGAAUUCGAACCGGACCGUGACGUGGGUGGAUUGGUCGAGGGGUGGGUCCCAUCCAGCAAGGUUUGUAAGGAAGGAUAUCCGGGUCGGGUUUCUUGAUAGGAUCCGGUUUGGGUCGAAUUGUAGCUACGAGGGUGAGGUGACGAAUGUGUGUUUUCUUUUUGCGAGGAAGUUUCAUGUGAGCACACUCGAGCCUCUCAUGAAGCUUACUCCAUAUUUGUUUGGAAUUUAG